AGGCCGGUGGGGACCAGCGGUGUAAAAUGCUGGCCAAUAUAUUUAGGUUGGUGAAAAGUCGACGUCGGCUACCGGCUCUCAUCUUAGCAAUUCUGUGCAUCACUCUAGUCCAAGUCCUGGUCAUCCAUUCUAUGCAGAAUUAUCUCUCUCGGAAACCUAAAGGAAUAGACCCCUUGUCAACAGAGACAGAGGGGUCAACGUUACACCAGGGAGAUGGCUUGGUUCAAAAUGACCCCCUCCAACAACAGGUGGAUGGGCAGGUUUCAUUGGCUGCCAGAUAUAAUUCUAGUGGCCCCAGUACUAGUAAAAGUACUAAAAAGAUGGAUAUAAAUGCAGAUGUUGUUGAUGUAAAACUUGAUGAUCCUGAACAUAUGGAAAAUCAGCAUAGAGCUGGAGUGAGAAUUCACGAACACCACUCCGAUUUAGGAAAAGACAUCAAGAGGGAUGAAGAGAUUAAAAAACAAGCAGUGGAUGUGAAAGACCCAAGCAAAUUAAGCUCUAGCUCAGUAGAAGUCUACAGAAACAAGGAUAUAAGCCCUUCAUUGGUGAAAAAUACAAACUUAGAUACAGUAAUAUCAACAGUGGUGAAAAACAUGACACUGUUACAUGACCAGGGUGAUCAAAGGACAAACUUAAAUCAGCAACAACAACAAAAGCCACUCUCUGUCAACUUGUCUACAGCUUUAUGGGGUACACUGAGACAGCUACCACUAAAUAGGAGCUCACCUGUUCAGCUGAACAAGAAUAUUGAUAUCAAUAAUAAUAAUAAUAACAACAACAACAUUUUGAAUAAUAAUAUUAAUAGUAACACCAGUUCGAGGAAUACUAUCCCCCCAGAACACCCUGGAAACCCUGAGCAGAAGGUUUCAGUCAACAAGGUCACCAGUCGGCAGGAGCAGUUUCUGAAGAUGACCACAAGCCCUCCUGGCGGGGCCCUUGGACUCUGUCCUUUGACCCCACCUGCACUAGUGGGUAAAAUCCAGAUACCUCGGGUGAAGGUGCUGUCCAUAAAGAGAAUACUCGCCAACAACACCGGCUUGACUGCUGGCGGGAAGUGGUCCCCUCUCAACUGUACCGCGAGAUCUCGCGUGAUCAUCAUCAUCCCCUAUAGGGACCGGUGGCCCCACCUAUUGAUGUGGUUAGACCAUUACCAUCCGAUUCUCAGGCGGCAGUUGGUUGACUACAGGGUUGUCGUUGUGGAACAGUACGGAAAUGGAACGUUCAACAAGGGUCUUAUAAUGAAUGCGGCGUACAGGGAAAUGCGUCAAAGAAUGGACUUCGACUGUGUCAUCUUCCACGACAUUGACAUGUUACUUGAGAACGACAAUAACAUGUAUCUCUGCUCCUCACAGCCGCGCCAUCUAUCGCCGGCCGUCAGCAAAUUCGACUACAAAUUACCUUAUGACGAACUAGUGGGAGGCGUCCUCAUGUUUCCACUGAGUCAUUUUGAAAUGGUUAACGGGUACUCUAACAACUAUUGGGGCUGGGGUGGAGAAGACGACGAUAUGACUAACAGAAUUUUCAACAAGGGUCUGGCACACGAGCGCCCCCACAAAACAAUCGGACGGUACACGAUGAUAAGCCACCAACAGAGACAGUAUUCAGUCAAAUUUACUAGAAUAGAAAAGUUGCUCAACACAUCUAACGGUAGACAGGAUCAGGAUGGUUUGAACAGCGCCAACUAUACCCUCCUGUUGAUGAAGGACGAACCUCUUUUCACCUAUCUUUUGGUCCGCGUCCCUCACUGGACUUACACGAAAGAAAUGGAGGAGGAGGACAAGGUUGCAGAACUCAAGAAGAGGAGAGAGAACCGAAAGAAAGGACCAAAAGUGAAAACGAAUCCCGCCCAUCCUCUGGCGCUGAUUAUUAUUUUUUAUCUGAUCGCAAGCGGCGGGUUCUAUUUGAUGUUUCCCGAGGUGUGCAGACGAUCUUGAUAAAUGGCUGUUAACAUGGUACAUACACGUGAAAAUCUCUGGAAAUAGCGAGAAAUAUGAUAUCUCUCCUUCGCGGAAACUUGGUGUGUGGGAAAACAGGGUAGAUUGCGGUGUCCUGCACGGUAUACACCGGUUUAUCGCCCAGAAUUUUUUUAAGUCGCAAAAUUGAUCCACAGAUUGCAGAGAAAAAAUAUUUUAAGAAAUUGGCCAGUUUCAGCCCACCAUCGUUUUAGUAUGGGGGAUGAAAAGAACAUCUUUUCUUCCAGAAGAGGCAUACGUGUAAUACGUGAAGGGGAACGGGCAUCUCUCGUCGACCCGGGGUGCGAGCUCGGAUAGGACUCCGUUCAAUGACGUCGAAGCAGCAGAAAGAAAUCGACCGCUGGUGUGUGAUAUUUCUGCCCCAACCGAUGAAUAGAGUUCACAAAUACGAGCUCCAAUUCAAAUAUAUAACAUAUUUAAGUCGUAUUCAGGGGGAAAUUGUUCUUCAUACUAAAACCUAUUUGCUAUGAUUAAGAUUUUAGACUGCAAUUUCCUAUUUAUCCACAACUUAUGUAAAACGAGGAGAGGAAAAUGGCGGAAAGAUAUACGUUUUAAAUGUGGUAAAACGAAUCCUUUGUGAUGCUGCAUUGCCAGCAACCAAGCACUUAUCUGAUUAAUUCUGCGUAUUAUAUUUUAGAGAGUAUUCUACAUAUACCAGUUGAUCAGUAUACUAUAUAUACCCGUUGAUCAUGAAUCUUUUUGUUGAUUUGUGUGAUCACGAUCUAAAAAAAAUGGGUAUCAUAUUAUAUUGAGUGUAAUAAGUUGUUACAUUUAGCGGGAUGGGCCUAUUUCAAGUUUUGUUUCAAUGAUAUUGCGCAAAAGACGGACACUUUUUAAAAAUGAAAAUCUAGUCAAGUAGAAAUAACUAAGAAGUACGCUCAUACAGUUUGAUAUGAAUAAGGUAAUUAUUUACGAAUUUUUCUACUAAUCUAGUGGCAAGGGUUUUGCAUUGUUGAAGUCAGUAUGCGUUAUAUGGAUAGUCAUAUUUUUGUAUUCACAACACUUUUUAUGGAUUUCUAUAUGUUUAGAUUUAGAGAAACUAUUUUCGUCGGCUCGCAGGCAAAAACUUGGCGCGAUUUUUGAAAUCUUAAUUAUUUAUUGGAGUUGAAACAUGAAUUUAAGUCAGGACCUGCCAGUCAGUGAUUGAUCAAUCUGGUCAUAAACGAGAAAGUAUUAUGUAUUUAAGCCGUACAGUAUGCGCCGAAGAGAUUUCUAACGAUUUGUGAAUAUUAAGAUGUAGAUAUGAGUUGUACUUUGCGCCAUUAAUGUUCAUCCAAGAUUCACGUCACACACACACAACUCUGCUUCAUUAAUGACUUAAUUGGUAAGAAGUUUCCUUUCAUCCCAGAAAGCGGCUAGACUAAUAUUGAAAUUAUCUCUUAGAAAAUUAAGUUCGGUAUAGAAAGCUGAAGAGUAUGUUGACCAUAUGAGAUUAUAAGUCUCACUUUUUAACUGUUAGGGUCCAUUCUUGUUGAAACUAUCGGUCCACGUAGAUAACACGUCCACGCUGAGCUGGAUUGAUCGUCGUAGACGGAUAGAUUCAAGGGGAAUGAGCCCUUGAGUAACAUUACUCGUCGAAUUACACUUUUAUGUAACAUGAUCUGUACGCGUUAGAUUUUCAUAAUCAUAGUAACGUGCGUCAGGCUUGUCACGGUCUUGCUGUAAGCUUAUGAUGAAUUAUUCAAACAACAUAAGAAUGAAGCCUAAAUCCGAAGUCAGCGUUAGAAUUUGCGAGUGCGGAUAUUUAUUGACUAAAAUGCACAUCUGCUGUAAUGAAAUGUUGAAUAUUUAACGCGAUCGUCAAAUCACUACGUAGCACUCGUUUUAGUUGUUGUUGUUUUUUAAGAGUACUUCUUAGAUAUAUAUUGGUCGUGCUUGCCUCUUAUUAUCGGCAGACGACGGGUUACACGAAGCAGAAACGUGAUCAAUAUGUGAUCGGCUGCCAGACUAAGAUAACAUUAUUGAUGAAUUUGCUAUAGUUAUGAAGCACACACACCUGUUACGUUGUUUCAAUAAUUGUUCUUCCCAGCGCGCGCAGCAAGUUGUGUUUUAACUGUCUCUUGUAGAACACAUGAUAUUGUGGAUUCCACUCAUUAAGGACCCCUUUUGUUGUACAUAGUUGACUGUGGUGCAAUGACAGGUUUUACCUCAACACAGGGUUCAGAAAGUGCGGGCCCACCGAGGCAAAUUUUACGAUGGGGACCCCCUUUUGCUACUAAGCUUUUUUUUUGCCCCUGCCUCUAUUGAUUGUGCACUCGUUGGAAACCAUUCUCAAUAGUGUAUCCAAUAAAUAUUACUAGAUUGAUAUUUAUUUA